AUGAUAAUGGUCAUUAUGUUCCUAGGAACAUUGACAUCACGUGUCCAAGGUCAACAACCAACAAUAUCAAAUGUUCUUUUGGGUACAAGUCAAAUACUUACAAUUAUGGGUACAAACUUUGCAAAGGAUGUCAAUAUAUAUGGAAUAAGAUACAACUCUUUGUUUUUCUCCUCAUCAACCUAUUUCACUGUGAAGCUCCAACAACCAUGGCUCAGCUCAAUGGUGAUGCAGGUCAACGUCACCAAUCAAUUGUCCAGUCCAUACACCUUUGCCACACCAUUCAAGUACACCUACCCCGACACUGUUAGCCCAGUCAACAUACCAUACUCUGGUGGAAAGAUCACUAUCACUGGAUCAUUCCUUGGCAGUGCCAGCACUCCAAGCACAGUCCUCCUGGCCAAUCCAUUAUCGGGUGUCAACACAACAUGUAGUAACAUCAACUACAUCAUCGAUCAGACCAAGAUUGAAUGUACGCCAGCGUCCAUCGAUCACGAGGAUAUACUUGGAGUGACGGUCAUCCAGCCUGGCAUCAAUCAAUUCGCAAACUCAAUCUCAGUUUCCACCAAAUUGUUUACUGUGACCAACAUUGAUCAAGAUAAUGACAAGAUACUCCUCACUGGAUUAUACUUUUACCUUUAUUAUAAUCUUGGAUUUGAAGUUACGAUUGGAAGUGGAAGUACCAAUGACAUUACAUGUAUAUCAGAUACACAAUGUUCAUUCUUCAUACCCAUCAACAUGACUGGUAAUGGCUCCUUCACCAUGAAGGCACUCAACACUCAAGCACAAGUCCAGAAACCUCCACCACUCUAUUGGGACCCUGUAUUCAGAUCACUAAAGUUUGUCGAAGGCGUUAAUUCAACAUUACCUGAUCAUUUAUUCCUUGGAACUCAAAUGCUUGAUGGAGUGACAUCGGCAUCAGUGGCAAUCAAUAAUCUGUUGGUGAUUUCUUCAACUGGAUCGGUCAAUCCAUUCGAUGUAAUACUUCCAAAAUUUGUUGGCACAGUAGUGUUCAACGUAUCCGGCUACACUGGACAUUAUACAACAUUCAAUUGGACAUAUCCUGCACCUAGGAUCAACACCACCACCAUUGAGUCUAUCGACAACGCACUCACAAUCUCAAUCUUUGGCAAAUACUUGAAUCAAGACGAUGUAACUGAUAUGGCACCUACUAUAGGAGGCAUUAUCCCUCUAUCAUCCAUUGUUCCAGGCAACUACACCUUCCUCCGGACAUUACUUCCAAAGAGUGCUCGCUCUGGAAACUUAACCGUAUCCAUCGGUGGACAACAUUCCUCUUUCAAGGUUACCAUUAACCCCAAUGUCACUCGCAUCACAUCACCACCAACUCCUGGAGGCUUGAUAACAAUCACAGGAUAUUAUUUAUCACCUUUAUCAUUUGAUAAUGAGGUUGUGUUGGAUAUUAAGAUCGCUGGAAGACAAUGCCACAACCCAACAAUGAUUGGAACUUCAUUCGAUCCUUACACAAUCACUUGUGUGGCACCAUUUGGAAGUGGAAACAAGUCAGUAGCCAUCUUCAACGGCAACUUGGGCGUCGCAUUCCCCGUUGUAUACCAGCCUCCAACCAUUGACACUGUGACAUCGACCAUCCUCGGCCAGUCUGGCACAGUAACCAUCACAGGUACAAACUUUGCCAACGUCAAUAUCUUCGUGACCAUCGGCAACACAUCCUGUAUCAGCCCAUCUGUGAACCCAGCCAACACACAGAUCAUAUGUUUGCUAAAGUCCCGUGGCAGUCCAGUCUCGCCCAUAAGAGUAGCUAGCAACAACCUUGCACCCAUCCCCAACCUCAACGACACAUCUUUGCCAGUGACCGUUACGAUCGACGGCCAAUCAGUCACCAAGUCCAAGUUCAUAUACAGUGCCAGUCCAGUCAACUGUAGCAACCCUUGUGAACAUGGUACAUGUGUGAAUGGCGUGUGCCAGUGUGACCUUGGCUACACUGGAGUCAACUGUACACUCAAGUUGGACGCCUCGACACCAGUCGAUGUGCCUCAGCCAAGCAAGAACUCGACAACCAUCGUGCUGGGAUCAAAGGCUCAAGAUGUAGCAUUCGACAUCAUCAUAGCAGGAAUACGCGAGAUCAGCUCAACUGAUGAGAUCAUCAAGUAUAUCAACAUGCGCGACACAGUCUGGAACUUGAUCAACACCACCGUGGACGCAGCCAAUAACACGCACAACUUAUACAACUCAUCAUUGAGUGGUGUUGUUGGAUUCACGAUCAUGGCAGAGAUGACAGUAUUCGCGACCGAUCAACAGUAUGACUUUGAGGGCGAUGUGUUCCAAGUAUCAAAGAACUCAAUCAAGUACAAGAUCACGUUGUCCAAGUGGCCAUUCACAGGCAACAACAACUACCUCCAGGUACUAUUCCAGUCCACAGCGACAUCAGCUGUACAGAACAAGCCAUGCGAUGGUAGUGAUCAAUCCAACAAUGUUGCUGGCAGCAGCACAUCGACCAACACCCAGAACUCAGUGCGUCUGAUGGAGAUCUAUCAAGGUGCUGGAGUACUGCGGGCAUUCUUCUCUGAUCGUCUGCUGGUUGAUGGUCGACUCACAUACAGCCAGGUGUCUCAAGUCAAUCAAUCUGACCCUGCAUUUGUGGACAUCAACAACGCAGCGACAUCCAACACGUCUUACGUCCUGGCCGCAAUCAGUGUUCCACAUUUCUCUGACAGUGCAGUGGUCGAUCCAAACUAUUCAUCAUUAUUGGUUGUGGACAACAACAAACCCCCAACAGGUAGUUGUGGAGGUAGUUCAUCCAAUGAUAGACCAUGGUUGAUACCAGUGAUCGUUGUUGCGUCAGUCAUUGGAGCAGUCAUCAUAGUACUAUCCAUUCUCAUGGUAAUCAAGAGGAACAGACUCAGACUGAUGAUGGCAUCCAUCAGGUUAAAGGAGAUGAGGAGGUAA